CACGGCUCUCCCAGUCACAACAGACAUGGCGGCCGCCGCCCGUGGAGUAUUGCUCCUCUCUCUGUUAGUUCUGCUGCUGAACGCGACGCUCUGCAGCGGCGACACGUACAGGAGACAGUUGUCGCUGGAGUUGAACCCGGGUCUCAACUCCUCUGUCUCCCCGCUCCCCCCGGGCAUCAACCUCAUCCACAUCCGGUCGCUAGGCGACGGGGACACACUGCACUUCCUGUUGUGUAACCAAGGACCACCGACCCUCCUCAUCGUCCACACCAACAGCACCUCCUCCUCCGUCCAGGUGGACUGGCCAGCCUUCCUGUCUGGUAACAACAGCGGGAGCCUGCGGGUGGAGCCAGAGAACUCUGUCCUCCACAGCAACGCUCUGGUCUUAGUCAGGCUCUGGGAGUACGAUGACCUCAACGACACGGCCGACCCCCAGACGGCCCCCCCCUCCAGCUUCCUGCCUCCGUACGAGCUGAGCCGCUUCCAGUGGGGGCCGCUGAACAGCAGCACCCUGGACCCCCCGGGGCCCGGGGGCCCCGAGGCCCGGCUCUGUGGGGGCGACGGGUCCCCGGCCUUCAGCCAGGGGGAGCUCUGCCUCCAGCUGUCGGCGUUCGGGUCGGGGGGGCGGGCGGCUGGCUGGCCCGGGCUGCUCCACAGCGCUAACUCCUCCCAGCUGGGGUUCUGGCUGCAGGGGGUCCGGCCGCGGGCCGACCGCGCCCGCUUCCUGCUGGAGCUGCAGGGCCUGGGCCGACCCCACGGCCCCGGGAGGGUGGAGGUCAGGAGGUCCAUCGACGACGAGUACAGCCCCUCCAUCUUCACCGUGUCCCAGUGGCUGGCCACGCCCCCCGACUCGUCCUCCCCGGUCCUGGGGUUCGUCCAGUGGCGCCCGGUGGCGUACCGCCGGCCGCAGCCCGAGUUCAGCGACACCACGCCCUGCCACCACAGCGCGCCGGCGGCGGUGGAGGCGGCGGCCUCGGGGCUGGGGCGGGCCUUCUACGGGGCGGAGGCCGAGGCCAGCGGCCUCAACAUCAGCUUCGGCCAGCCAGGGGAGCCCUCCUACAACACCACCCAGUACCUGAGCUGGACGGUGCUGGCUGGCGUCGGGGCCCCCCCGGUGGACUCCUUCUCCCCCCUGGUCAUCUCCAUCAUGGCCGUGGGCCUCGGGACCCCCCUGCUGCUCCUGCUGCUGGGCGGGGUCUUCGUCUGCGUCAGGAAGCACCGCCCAGCCGAGGGGCAGGCCUACCGGCCAAUCAACUAGGACCACCGCCUGGCCGAGUGGCAGGGCUACCGGCCAAUCAGCUUGGACCACCGCCUGACCGAGUGGCAGGGCUACCGGCCAAUCAACUAGGACCACCGCCUGGCUGAGUGGCAGGGCUACCGGCCAAUCAGCUUGGACCACCGCCUGGCCGAGUGGCAGGGCUACCGGCCAAUCAACUAGGACCACCGCCUGGCCGAGUGGCAGGGCUACGGGCCAAUCGACUAGGAACACUGUCUCUGAGGCCUCAGAAGGGACUUUAAACGCUCUGGUUGGAGUUUGAAUCCUCAGGUGCCUUGCUCAAGGGCUUGUUCUACUGUAGGACAUUGAACUUGUUUUUAGAAUUUUCUGUAUAAAACACAAUUUUUAUUGCAAUUUUCUGAAACUGUUGAACAAUUUCUUCCAUGAUUAUUGAAAUUGAAUUAUUGUUUGUUUCUGUCAUUGUUGUACAAAGCUUCGUGUUUUACAAAUGGAAUUAUUGAAUUGAAUUGGAACUGAAUGGAAUUACAAAUAAACCCUGAAUCUAACUGGGAAAGUGUUGUCUAGACCUAACCAGUAGUUAUGUUACUUAAACCUAAACAGUAGUUAUGUUACUUAAACCUAACCAGUAGUUAUGUUGUCUACACCUAACCAGUAUUUGUGUCUUUUUAAACCUAACCAUUAGUAAUGUUGUUAAACCUAACCAGAAGUUGUGUUGUCUUAACCCAACCAGUAGUUGUGUUGCCUAAACCUAACCAGGAAAGGGUUGUCUAAACCUUACCAGUAGUUGUGUUGUUGUUGUCGCACAUCGUGACGUCACUCUGACCCGUACACUUCCAGCAUCACCCAAGAUGGCGGCCGUAGAGAGCGGAGAGAAGGAUCAUUGGAGCGAAAGUAUUAAAUAUGUCCUAUAAUACAAUAGUACAGUGGUAGUUCUAGUCAAAAACAACAUCCCGAAGUAGUGUCAUUGGAGAUACUGGUCUUAUAUUGUAUAAAAUACGGAUAAUAUUGAGCCUUUAAAGAACAUAUCGUUCAGUCGCCAGUGAUCGACCGCGGAGCCCCAAGCUACUGUGUCGUCACUGUGAAACCACUACACUCUACACACUCUAAACUCUCCACAUAACACUCUAGACAACAACACAACUACACUCUACAAACAGGUAUACUCUGUAGCACGCUCCUCCAAACAACACAGCCCUCUGCUCCACACACGUCUUCAGUCUACACCCCCCCCAGGGGGGCGGUCAGGCAGGGUGGCCGCGCGGCUGGCUGCGUG